AUGCCGUUCAAGGAGCGUUCAUCCCCCCCCGACUGGCAUCCAUUGGAUGACACCGAAGAUUGGUCCGUGGAGGCGCUGUGCGGACUCAGGGCGGUGUGCAGGAUGCUCGACAUUGAACUUCAUGUCGAGGAGGAUAUACCAAAAGAUUCGGUCGAACUUCUGAAUGACCUGAUGAAACACUUCGGUCUGCCCUACCGGGAUGUGAAUUCGUGUUGGGGCUGUAGUUGUAUGUGUCGCUUCUUUCAGGGCCAACGUAUGUACGAUUACUGCGAACAUAUUAUAUAUGUCCUUCGCUUUAUCCUCAAUUGUCCCAAAGAACUUCCCUUCCGUGAUGCCUUCACUCGACUGGAAUACGAUAGCAUUUUCGCCCAUUCUUACCCAGCUCAGGCCCUCCGGAACGCCAAAUCUCCCAAUGAAGACUGGCGCAAAGUCCUAGACAGAAUCCCACGCGAAGCCGAAGUGAUCAUCUAUGCCCCCAAAGAAGACGAACUGCUGGUCUGCGUCAACUGCUUCCGGUCGAUAAACGGCGGCAAUUGCGCUCAGCCCUGCCUUGGCUGUGGAAACUUGAUCCAUCAAGACUGUCGCAAAAAGGAUACGCCUACGCUCGACUUCUUACAAUUGCGACAUCCCAAGCCUGAUGCGAAAAAAUGCGCCGUGUGUCAGGAAAAGCAGAGUUGGGAAAAGUGGACUGAGUCACAAGGACCGCCACUGUCAGGGGUCUACGAAUCAAGCGAAGAGGAGGAGAUGAAGGAUGAGUCUCUUAAACCGAAAUUAGUGAGAAUAAAAUACCUGAAAAACGGAAAAUGUUAUAAAUUUGAGCCGAAGGAAGAAAGUUCGACAUGA